AUGCAGCUGUCCAAAAUCUUUCUUGCCUUCGGCUUAUCCACUGCCAUUUUUGCGCAGUCCAAAAUCAAGAUCAUGCCUCUGGGCGAUUCUAUCACGGAGAUAACGUGCUGGAGAGCCCUGGUCUGGGACCAGAUUGUGAAAGAGAACCUUGCCGACAAGGUGCAGUUUGUAGGCUCCAUGACUAACAACCCCCAAAACUGCCGAGCGCAGUCGGGCUCUUUUGAUCUCCAUCAUGAGGGCCACUCGGGUUGGCUCUCAAUCAACAUCGCCAACCAGUACCUCCAGGGGUGGCUGGCAAACACUAAGCCUGAUAUUGUGCAGUUCAUGCUUGGCACCAACGAUGUGGCGCAAGGGCGAACGACCAACGAUAUUGUCGCUUCGUACACAAAGAUGACAGGGUUGAUGAGAGCGUCCAACCAGCGGAUGAAGAUUCUGAUUGAUCGCUUGAUCCCGCUGUCCUUCAAUGGUGGAGGAGUUGACACCCUCAACCAGCGCAUCCCGGGAUGGGCCAUAGAACAGAACUCGACCGACUCUCCAAUCAUAGUUGCAGACUGUUCGAGUUCUGCUGGGUUCACUACCUCAAUGUUGCGAGAUGGUGUACACCCCAAUGAGCAGGGAGACCAGGUCAUAGCCCGACAGGUUGGCCCGUUGCUGAUCAAAUACGUCAAGGAUCUCAUUGCCGAACGCGGACUAUGA